AUGGGCGACGAGGUGAUUGUGGUCACCACGCACGAGAGCGUGCCUCAGGAAUUCCACGGGGCCAAGCUAAUUGGCUCAUGGAGAAAUGGCGAACCAGAAAAGCCACUUAUAUUUUAUGUUGGGCGCUUAGGAGUUGAGAAAAGCUUGGAUUUUCUUAAGAGAGUCAUGGACCGACUUCCAGGAGCAAGGAUGGCAUUUAUUGGAGAUGGCCCAUUCAGGGCUGAGCUUGAGCAGAUGUUCUCAGGUAUGCCGGCGGUGUUCACGGGCACGCUGCAAGGUGAAGAGCUAUCACAGGCCUAUGCCAGCGGGGAUGUGUUUGUGAUGCCUUCCGAGUCAGAGACGCUGGGGUUUGUGGUACUGGAGGCCAUGUCAUCGGGAGUUCCGGUAGUGGGGGCUCGCGCCGGAGGAAUACCUGAUAUCAUACCUGAGGAUCAGGAGGGAAGACCAGCUUUCUGUACACACCAGGGUGUGGAUAACUGUGCUGGCAAGAUCGAGCAGCUCCUGUCGAGCGAGGAGCUGAGGGAGGACAUGGGAGGGCUGCCAGGAAGGAGACGGAGAAGUUUGACUGGCGAGCAGCGACGAGGAAGAUCCGGAACGAGCAGUACAGUGCUGCUAUCUGGUUCUGGCGCAAGAAGAGGGCACAGCUGCUGCGACCCCUCCAGUGGGUGUUGCGGCUGCUGA